CACAGUCGAACGGGAGGAUCGCAGCGAGGAGUUCUCAACGAUGGCCAUGGCAGUGACGGCGUUCGCUCUCUUCAUUUCGCUGCUGGUCUUCUGCGGCGUCCAGGUGGAAGGUGGGAUUUCUAACGGUUGCCUGCAGUGCAUUCGCCAGAUAGAAGGGGGAACUGUCGGGGUUUGUCGAUGGGACGUUAAUUCCGAUAGUUGUGGGCCGUUUCAGAUCAAACUCAACUACUGGAAGGACUGCAGAGCAGGAUCGUCGUGGCAGACCUGCGCCAAGCAGCUGGCCUGUUCGGAGACGUGCGUGAGGAAUUACAUGAAUCGCUACGGGCCCGUGUGCGUGAAGGGACGGACCCCGACCUGCGAGGACUACGCCCGCAUCCACAACGGGGGACCCGGCGGGUGCAAGUCCGCGAGCACCGUCGGCUACUGGGCGAAGGUGAAGAAGGACCCAGAGAUCAUGGACCGAGAACUAUUGGGUGAAGACCUCAUAAAGCCUCGUUUGGGAUACACGUGUGGCACGUGUGGCUGUGUGUGGCACGUGUGGCGGUGUGUGGCACGUGUGGCGGUGUGUGGCGGGUGUGUGGCACGUGUGGCGCGGUUGGAGGCGCAUCAGGCGACGCACCGUGCUCCUCAUGAGGAGCAUGCUGGACCCAGUGCUCCUCUGACAGUGCCAGUGGCACGACGGGUCGCCCCUUGGGUAGUCGUAAAUCCUCAUCGGCUCGCAUUUCAGCGGUCCACUCCGCGGCAGAAUGCCUCGCGCCGGUCUGGACCAGGAGUCCUCCGGUGCCGUGACUCCCGGCCCGUUCCGACGUGGCACGAACAGCCGAAAUCCGGCGAGCGAAAGAACCCGAUCGGCCGCGACGUCACGCGCCCGCCGCCUCUCCAGCCCGGAUUCCGCGACUUUCAAGGAAGAUAUGGUGAUGCGAUCCGCCAACGCCUCGCGAAAGAAGUCCAGCGGUUGACAUUCCCGGAGUACAUCUCCGGGGUUCUGCAGUGUCCGGGACUGCAUAAAUUAGACCGACUCCUGGAUUCGGCGGCGCAGUGGCAGCACACCCGACCGGCGAUCACCUUGGCCCGCUCACGACUGAGCUUCGUGAGCCGACUGAGUUUCGUGAGCCGACUGAGUUUCGUGAGCCGACUGAGCUUCGUGAGCCGACUGAGCUUCGUGAGCCAGGAUCGCAACAACGUUUGCGGUGAAACGCUGUCUGACGAAUGCCUGCGAUGCAUUCUCGAGAAGGAAAACGGGACGGUCGGAAAGUGCAUGAGAGAACCUGACGGCCGCCUCAGUUGCGGACCUUAUCGCCUCACGGAGGACUACUGGGCAGAUUGCAGCUUCAGAGGAAAGAACAAGGACAUAGGGACGGAUUGGCAGGCCUGCGCAAAAGAGCUGGACUGCUCGGAAACGUGCGUGAGGAACUACGUGUCGCUGAAGGAGCACGGCUGCACCGGCGGCGAUCGCGUCCCGACGUGCCUGGACUACGCCCGCCACCACCACGGAGGCCACGGCGGGUGCUCGGGCGGCGCCAACGCGGAUUACGUGCUGCGGUGCUGCGACGGGGCGGGGGGGUGCUGA